GGGCAGGCGGGAAUGUUGAGACCUCCUUUCCUCCACUUCGAAUUUCUCUAAGUCUUAUUAGGGUCGAACUCUUCACAAAUGGCUGCCGUCAGACCUCACCGCCUCUACGCUAAGGGACGUGUCCUUGGCCACACCCGUGGAAAGCGCAACUCGACCGAGAGCACCUCCCUGCUCCAGAUCGAGGGUGUCAACAACACCAACGACACCGAGUUCUACCUCGGCAAGCGUGUCGCUUACGUCUACCGUGCCAAGCGCGCCAUUGAUGGAUCCAAGAUCCGUGUUAUCUGGGGCCGUGUCACCCGCUCCCACGGAACCUCUGGUGUCGUUCGUGCCAAGUUCCGCAACAACCUCCCUCCCAAGGCUUUCGGCGCCAGCGUCCGUGUGAUGCUUUACCCUUCCCGCAUCUAAAUAUACCACCGUGUGUAUGUUAGCUGUGGUUGUGUAAUGUAAUUAUGGAGGACUCCAAUAAAGACGAUGAAUGCCAUAAGAGAAGCAGCCCUG